AUGUCAACAUGGUUACUGAUUAUUUUAAUUGCACUAAUUAUUCUUCUAUUUAUUUCAAUUAUUUUACUAUGCAUUGUACUACCACGAAAGUCUGGAUAUCUUAAACGAUUAUCACAAACAAAAUCAAGAGAUAUAAGAGGUCUAAUAAUCCUCAUUAGAAUGCGAUAUCGGUGUUCACGAGCUUUCUCAAGAAAUCGAGGUAUUCAAAUGAUGUUCUUGGAUACUGUACGAAAAAAUCCGAAUAAGGAAGCUAUCUAUGACAUGGUUCUCGGAAAAUCUUUCACAUUCACGGAACUGGAUGAACUCGCCUGUCGAUAUGGUCAUAUGCUACAGGCAAGUUCAAUUUGUAUGGAAAAUGGAGCACAUUUUGUUGCAGCAUGGCUAGCAUGUGCAAAGAUAGGCGUAAUUUCCGCUUGGAUCAACACGAAUCUUCAAGGAGAAUCUCUACAACAUUCCAUAAAAAUUUCAAAAGCAUCAAUUGUUUUGUGCUCAGCCCCGUAUCAGCAAAAAAUAGUUGAUGCAAUCGAAGUCAAAGGAGUGCAAUCCACUCGUCCGCUAAUUUUUUCUGGAGGAACACCAAUCAAACAAAAUGUCAAAUCGAUUGAUUCACUGCUACAACAGCAACCAAUCACACAACCAAAUAUUUUGAAACAAGCAACCUUCCAGGAUCCUCUCUGUUAUAUAUUCACAUCCGGAACGACUGGAAUGCCAAAACCAGCUGUCAUAAAACAUUUUAGGUUCUUUUAUAUCGCCACAAGUGGAGAGUGCGCUUUUGGGAUCAAGCCACAAACGGACAGAAUUUAUAUUUGUCUUCCUCUCUAUCAUACAUCUGCAGGAGUGCUUGGGAUUGGACAAACAAUCCUACAUGGUGCCACAUGUGUUAUAAGAGGGAAAUUCUCAGCCAGAAAUUUCUGGAAAGACUGUGUAAUAUACAAGUGUACAGUAUCUCAGUACAUUGGAGAACUUCUCCGAUACUUACUCCUUACCGAAAAGUCGCCGUAUGAAGAAAACCACAAUGUUCGAUUAUUGAUCGGGAACGGAUUGAGACCUGCGAUUUGGAGCCAAUUCCAGGAACGAUUCAAAGUUAAACGAAUAGCAGAAUUCUAUGGUUCAACCGAAGGGACUUCAAAUCUAAUCAACAUCGAUGGAAAGGAGGGAUCAUGUGGAUUUAUGACUAUAAUUGGAAUUGCGGCUCCUAUCUACCCCAUUCGACUAUUUAAAGUCAAUGAAGCAACAGGAGAGCUGAUCCGAGACCAUCGGGGAUACUGUAUUCCCAUAUGUCCAGGCGAAUCCGGUAUUCUUGCCUGUACAAUACGAAAAAACAAUCCGCUCUACCACUUCGAAGGCUAUGUGGACGACGCGGAAACUCAAAAGAAAGUAAUUCAGGAGCCUCUACCAGGAUCGGAUCCCGUAUUUUUAUCAGGAGAUAUUCUAUAUUGGGAUAAACUUGGUUAUUUCUAUUUCAAAGACAGAAUCGGCGACACAUUCCGAUGGAAAGGUGAGAACGUAUCCACCACUCAAGUGGAAGCAGUGCUGCAAGGACUUGCAGGAGUUCAGGAAUGCACUGUGUACGGUGUCGAAAUUCCAGGAUGUGAAGGCCGAGCAGGAAUGGCUGCCGUCACCCAAAGCCCCAGCGUAAAUACUCGGAUUCUUCUCACGAUACUCUAUCAAAGAUUUACAAAAACUCUUCCACCGUAUGCUGUUCCUUGCUUCGUAAGGAUAACAGAAGACAUUGAUAAAACAGCUACAUUCAAAAUGAAAAAAUCUGCUCUUCAAUCCCUUGGGAUCUCCGCCAACUCAGGAUCUACAGUAUAUUUCCUAGACCAUGCAAAUAAAACCUACACAGAACUCACGGAAUCAAUUAUAACUGAACUCCACAACGGACGGUUAAAUUUGUAA